GGAAUACAUCAAAUUUUUGAUAUAAAACUGCGCUGAAAUGCAGCAGUAAGCAUCAUUCCCGGAGUUCGGUAAUCUACUAUUAAAUCCUCAUCAUGAAAUUCUUCGUUCUUUUCGUUGUAGCUCUUUUCGGUGCUGCCAGUGCUGGAUACAUCUCAAGCGAAGGAGGCCAUGGAGGACACAAAAGCAGUUACAGUAGCAUUGGUAGCGGUGGAUUACGCACAAUCGCUCAAGGUUCUGCCAGCCAGGCCAAUUCCGCGGUAGCCCAACAACACGCAGCUGCUCGUCAAGCUUCAUACGUUGCCAAAAGCACCUUAGCCCAAGCUGCCGUCCAAGCCGCCGCCACCGCCCAAGCCGCUUUGGCUGGUAAAACGGUCCUUUUGCAGAACAUCGAACAACAAGUCCAAGAAGCCCACGCCGCCCUUCAAAAUGAACUCGCUCAAUUGGAAAUAGCCAGACAAAGCGCAGCCACUUCCGAAACCGUCGUCCAACAAGCUCUUGCUCAAGUCAACAUCCUGUCCGCCACCAAGAACUCCGCUGAAGAAGUACUAAGACAAGCUGAAGCUGCCGCUGCUGCUGUUGCAACCGUCCUCGCAUCUCAAGGAGGUGCUGCCAGUGGAGCCAAUAGUCGUAUCCAAGCCCUUCAAGCUCAGUUAGAGGCUAUCCGCGCUGACUUUGCAGCUACCCAAGUUGCCGCAGAUAAGGCCGCUGCCGCUGCUGCUGAAGCCAAGAACAAUGCAGAAGCUGCUGGCUCACAAGCUGCCUAUGAAUUGCAAUCCGCUGCUGCCGCUGCAUCCGCUCACAGCUCUAUCAGUGAAUCGUAUGAGUCUUACGACAACCACGACAAAUACAUUAAAAGCCAUUGAAAGAGAAUGCACGAAUUAACAUUUCAUGAAGGAUCAACAUUAGGAAUUUAAUGUACAUUUUUUACCUCUCAUCAAAAUAAAGUCCAAGCAUUUUUGCUGAA